UUAAUUUGCUUCUACUUACUAAAUUGUCUAUUUUGAUUGCGUAGUAAUUUUCUGUUUCGUUUGGAUAUCAAUAGCCACUUUUAUUUUAUUGGACAGUGCUAUUGCAAACUAAAGGUUUUGGUCGGAGACAAUAAAAAUCAUUAAAAAUGCGUUGUUGUGUACCUUACUGCGAAAACACUUCCACCAAUGUGUCCACAUCAGAUUCGAAGGGGAUUAGUUUUCACGGUCUCCCCAGUGAUGUGUGUCUGCGCGCUGCUUGGCUCAGAGCCCUCGGCAAACAACACAGUCAGCUACCAGACUCUGCUGUGGUCUGCUCCCAGCAUUUUCUUGAUGAUGAAAUUUAUGAAACAGAAAGUGGCUUAAGGCAGAUUGCUGCUGGUGCUGUUCCUUCAACAGUGCAGGUUUGCAUGAUAUGCCUAGACACUGACAGCAAGCUGUAUCCAAUGAGUAAACACAAAUUGGAAGAAGCAUAUGAAAGGUUAACAGGAUAUCCAUUGUAUGAUCAAGGAAACCUAAAACAAACACUUUGUUUACAAUGUGCUCAGAGACUGUUAAACUUUAGUAGAUUCAGAGACAAGAGCUUGAGAGCCCGUGCACUGAUGAUGGACUUAGUUGAAAAACAUGAAUUUAUAACAAGACAACAUAUAAAGAUGAUAAACCUCACAAAGAACCAACUAAACAGUGAUCUUGUGGUGACAAUGCUAGGACCUGACCACUGCGACUUGUACAUACUGGACUCCACAGACAAACAGACAGAAUCAGAGCCAAUCCAAUAUAUUAGUGUGGUGAAAAAUGAAGAAAGUUAUGACUCGCCGGUUGAUGAAGACAUGGAAGUGGCAGAGGAAGAUGACAAUACUGCAGACAAUGUCAAUGAGGAAUUCUUAUCCGAAAGUGAGAUAAUAAUGGAAGCGAAACAAUUGGCUGAAAUGCCAGAUCCGUUAAAGUAUGAAACUACUGCCUUCCUAUACUCUCCUUGUUCCGAGGAGUUUGUCAGUGAACAUGCGUACAUGCAACAUAUGCGCAUGCAUGACCAGAAAGUUUGUGGAGAUGCUGACUGUGGCACGUCUCAAGUAUGCAAGCCUCAUACAGCCGUGAGCUCCUCACACUCUCCACACCUCACUGAGAACAAGCAGACCAUUCCGCUGAGCCAGGCCCCGAGUCCGUCCGCACACUCGCCUCAAACUGCAGUCGCUCCUCUGUCCGCGAGACUUGCGACGAAUAACGGAAACAAAGUGCAAGCUGAAGACGCCGAUACAGUCCAGAAGAGUAAACUAUUUAAAAUCAACAAUGCGGAACUACACAAGAAUUACUACAGUGAAGGUAGUUUACCAAUUGAGAAAAAUUGGUAUACUUGUGAUGUAUGUAGAAAUACGUAUGAUCGGAAAAGUCUAUUAGUCAAACACAUAAAGACUCACACUGAUAUAAAACCAUUCGCUUGCAACAUUUGCCCAUUCAAAACUAAAUAUAAAUAUAGUUUAACUACUCACAUGCGAACUCACACGGGUGAAAAACUAUUUACUUGCAAGCUAUGCGACUACCAGUGCGCAUUCAAUAGUAAUUUCGUGCUACACAUGAGAACUCACACGGGUGAAAAACCCUACACGUGUAAGUUGUGUGAAUAUAAAUUUGCAAGAAAUUAUGAUUUGAUAAGGCAUAUGAAAUCCCACACAGGUGAAAAGCCUUUCAAUUGUGAGCUAUGCGAAUACAAAUUUUCCGAUAAACGCAAUUUAGUGAACCACAUGAGAAGAACUCACACAGGUGAUAAGUCUGUUAGUUGCACUCUAUGCGAAUAUAAAUGUGCGUCUAAUAGUAAUUUAGUGCAUCACAUGAAGACUCACAGCGCUUCGAGGUCGUAUACAUGUAAAAUGUGCAACUAUAUAUGCGCGCGAAGUAAUCAUCUGGUGGCGCACAUGAGAACUCACACGGGUGAGAAACCUUACGCUUGUAAUGUAUGCGAGUACAAAUGUGCGCAAAAUAGUAAUUUAUUGAGCCACAUGAGAACCCACACGCGUGAUAAGCCUGUUAGUUGCGAACUGUGCAAAUACAAAUGUGCGGACGAACGCACUUUAGUGAGGCACAUGAGAACUCACACGCGUGGAAAAUGUUUCGCUUGCGAGCUAUGCGACUACAAAUGUGCAUCCAGUAGUAAUUUUGUGUUCCACAUGAGAACUCACACGGGUGAAAAACCCUACACGUGUAAUUUGUGUGAAUAUAAAUUUGCAAGAAACUGUGAUUUAAUAAGGCACUUGAGAACUCACACGGGUGAAAAACCUUAUAGCUGCGAGCUAUGCAAAUUCAAAUGUGUGGACAAACGUAAUUUAGUGAGCCACGUGAGAAGGACUCACUCUGGUGAAAAGCCUUUUAGCUGUGAUUUAUGCGAGAUUAAAUUUGCUUACAAAUAUCAGUUGGUAACUCACAUGGGAUCUCACACUGGUGAACGCCCGGGUGUCGAACUGAAGAGGAGCGGAGUGGAGACAUGCUCCGCGGGCCAAUCAGAUUAUUGAUAGACUAGCCGAUGCCCGCGACUUCGCCCGCGUGGAUUUAGGUUUUUCGAAAUCCCGUGGGAACUCUUUGAUUUUCCGGGAUAAAAAGUAGCCCAUGUGCUAA